AUGUACACACAGACACAUGUACGUACAUAAACACACACGCACACACACAUGUACAUGCACACAGACACAUGUACAUACAUGCAGACACAUGUACAGACACACAUGUACACACACACACACACACACAAAGCCCUAUAAAAAGUUGCAGUAUUUCGUUACCUUCACUCACAGAGCUGGGUAUUGCACUCUAGGGGGAGGCAGAGAGCACAGCACACACUCCUUCCUUUGUUCUCACUUUGCUCAACUAUUGAGCAGUCUGACAGCUCCCAGUGCGAGUGACAGAUCCGGCCGAGUUCCGAGCCUGCUCAGCAAGAUGGCCCUGGGGACACACUUGCCCCCACCAUCAUUUCCACUCGCCAAUGUGAUCAGGCGAGUGGAAAUUUCAAGGCCUACUGUGAAGUAUAGC